CAUACCUCAAUAAUGUUUUCAUCAGCUGAUGCACCUGUGUGAGCUAAGCUAGCGCUGACCGGGGAUGUGAGCAGCUCCGUGCCGCGGCUUCGAUAACAUUUAUCCCAACAGGAAGUCCUCCAUCUCCUCCCCCAUUAUUAUCAGAAUAGUUUGACCUCCUCCAUCGGUUAUCUGGGUGACUUUUGCCCCUCCGCUCCGCGGCUCCUGAUGCCCCGUUAGCCUGGGAGCUAGCCGCUGGUAUAAAGAGGAGCGGGCAGCUGGAGGUUGACUGACCGGGACAGAACAGGCUGCAGCGGGAUGAACCAUGGCGUCUGUCCGAGUGGCUGUGCGGGUCAGGCCGAUUAACAGGCGGGAGUUGGACCUGACUGCCCAAUGCAUCAUCAAGAUGGAAGGAACCAAGACCAGCAUCACCAACCUGAAGAUCCCAGAUGGAGUGUUGGGAGACUCGAUGAGGGAGCGGACCAAGACCUUCACCUACGACUUUUCCUAUGACUCGAUGGACUGUAGGAACUCCUUGUUCGUCUCUCAGGAAAAGGUUUUCAGAGAUUUGGGCUCUGACGUCCUGAAGGCGGCCUUCGAGGGCUACAAUGCUUGCGUGUUUGCCUACGGUCAGACCGGCUCUGGGAAGUCCUACACCAUGAUGGGAGUUCCAGGAGAUGCAGGCCUCAUCCCGAGGAUCUGUGAGGGUUUGUUCACUCGAAUCUCGGAUACGACUCGAUGGGACGAAGCUUCAUUCCGAACAGAAGUCAGCUACCUGGAGAUCUACAAUGAGAGGGUGAGAGACCUGCUGAGGAGGAAGUCUACCCACACCUACAACCUGAGAGUACGGGAGCACCCCAAAGACGGGCCCUAUGUGGAAGAUCUGUCCAAACACCUGGUGCAGAACUACAGUGAUGUGGAGGAGCUGAUGGAGGCAGGAAACAUCAACCGAACGACCGCCAGUACAGGCAUGAAUGACGUCAGCAGCCGCUCACACGCCAUCUUCACCAUCAACUUCACACAGGCCAAGUUUGAUGCCGAGAUGCCAAGUGAAACGGUCAGUAAGAUUCAUCUGGUCGAUCUGGCAGGCAGCGAACGAGCCGAUGCCACCGGAGCCACUGGCGUCCGAUUGAAGGAAGGCGGGAACAUCAAUAAGUCAUUAGUCACACUUGGAAACGUCAUCUCUGCUCUGGCUGAUAUGACGCAGGAGAGUGCAAACACCAAUCUGAAGAGGAAGUCCGUCUUCGUCCCUUACAGAGACUCUGUGCUGACGUGGCUCCUGAAGGACAGCCUGGGUGGAAACUCCAAGACCAUCAUGAUCGCAACCGUCUCCCCUGCUGACGUGAACUACGGUGAGACGCUCAGCACUCUGCGUUACGCCAACCGAGCUAAGAACAUCAUCAACAAACCUACCAUCAACGAGGACUCCAACGUCAGGCUGAUCAGAGAACUGCGAUCUGAAAUCGCACGUCUGAAGGCUCUGCUGGUUCAGGGUAACCAGAUUGCUCUGCUGGAUUCACCCACGGCUCUGAGUAUGGAGGAGAAGCUGCACCAGAAUGAGGCCAGGGUUCUGGAGCUUACAAAAGAAUGGACCAACAAAUGGAAUGAGACUCAGAACAUCCUAAAGGAGGAAACUCUGGCUCUCAGGAAAGAAGGAAUCGGAGUGGUGUUGGACUCUGAGCUGCCACACCUCAUCGGCAUCGAUGACGACCUUCUCAGCACCGGCAUCAUCCUGUAUCACCUUAAGGAGGGACGUACAUACGUGGGCCGAGAGGAUGCAUCCACCGAGCAGGACAUCAUUCUGCACGGUCUGGACCUGGAGAGCACACACUGUGUGUUUGAGAACCAGAGCGGGACGGUUACCCUGGUGCCGCUCGGAGGAGCUCAGUGUUCUGUUAACGGGGUUCAAGUGACAGCACCGUCGCAGCUCAACCAAGGAGCCGUUAUCCUGCUGGGCCGGACCAACAUGUUUCGUUUCAACCAUCCGAAGGAAGCAGCCAAACUAAGGGAGAAACGGAAGAGCGGCCUCCUGUCAUCGUUCAGCCUGUCCAUGACGGAUCUCUCCAAAUCCUGUGAGAACCUCUCCACUGUGAUGCUCUACAACCCGGGUCUCUUCACUCAGAAGGGCCCCGUCUUCCUCAGGUUGGAGUUUGAACGGCAGCAGAGGGAAGAGCUGGAGAAACUGGAAAUGAAAAGGAGGCUAAUCAAAGAGAUGGAGGCGAAGCAGCUAAGUGAAAAGGCGGAGCUGGAGCGCCUACAGCAGGAGGUGGAGAGUCAGCGCAAAGAAUCUGAGGAGGUGCAGCAAAGGAUCCUCCGUCAGGAGGAGACCCUUCGUCGCCGUAGCCAGGACAUCGAGAGCCGUCUCCGAGACUUCUUGGCUGAAAAAGAGCGCUUUGAGGAGGAGAGGCGUUCUGAAAUCCAGGAAGUGGAGCUGCAGCGCAGAAAACUUCAGAAGCUGCAGCAGGAGGAGGAAGAGGAGGAACAGGAGGUGAAGCGUCUGCAGCAGGAGGCUGCAGAGCAGACUGAGAUCUAUCGUGAGCUGGAGCGACUGAAGAGGGAGCGCGAGGAGCAACAGAUCCGCCUGGAGAUGGAGCGGCGGCGGCUGGAGGAGCAGGAGCGGGAGCAGCUGAGUCUUGUUGGGAGGCUGGAGGAGCAGCUGAGGGAGAAACAGGAGGCAGCCGCCGCCCUGCUGACCAUGGAGGAUGUCCGGCGCCUAGAGGAGGAGAGACGUGGGCUGGCUGAGAUCAGAGAGGCGCUCCUGCGAGCCAAAGAGGCGGCUGAGCGGACGGACGUGGAGGACGCCAGCAAAGAGGCGCGCUCCGUCCAGAGGCAGUACACCGCCUUUAAGGAGGCUCAGGUGAAGGAGCUGGGAAAUCUGGAGGAGGGGCUCCGACGGCAGAGGGACCUUCUGGAGAAAGAGGUGGCGGCAGAGAAGAGCACGCUGCUGCUCCUAGCCCACGGACUGAAGGAGCGGCAGCAGCAGCAGCUGAAGGAGGUGCAACACAAAGGAGCUCAGGAAACCACAGCAGUCUGUCAGGAGGAGCAGCUCCUGCGGCAGGCAGAGCACCGACUGCACUUCAAGGAGCGACAGCUGGCCAACCUGGCCGUCAGCCUCCUCCCUGCAUUGGCGGAGGAGAAACAGAGGGCCGUGGAGGUGCUGGAGCGCAGCGCCGUGGAAAACGAUGAGAAUUGCGACGGCCCACCUGGACUGGACAACACGCUGUUCCAGGUGGAGAAGGAGCUGGAGGACAAGGAGGAGAAGCUGCACCUCCACUGGCACAGUGCCCAGCAGCUGCAGCAGCUCCAGGAGACCUAUGAGUUUACGGCCAAUGUGGCCCGGCAGGAGGAGAAGGUUCGGAGGAAAGAGAAGGAGAUCCUAGAGUCAAAGGAGAAGCAGCAGAGGGAGGCCAUGGAGCAGGCGGUGGCCCGGCUGGAAAGGAGGCACUCUUCUCUGAGACGCAGUGUCUCCCUGGAUCCGGACACUGAGGAGCAAAGGUGUUCCAUAAGACCUGGGGCUGAGCUGGACCAGCAGAGAGUGGAGCGUGAGAUCCAGAAGCUGAGGCAGAGGAUCAGCGAAGGUGAGAACCACAGCCGGACUCAGUCGGUCAGUACCGACGAGAAGACGGGCCUCACCAGCUCUCCGGUCGGCCACAUCCAGGGCCUGAACCCACUGCUGCCGCUGUCUGAUGACAGCAGAAUAAACGCUUACAUUGAGGAGGAAGUCCAGCGCCGGCUCCGCAAGAUUAACCUCCUGAACGGCGGCAGUAGCAUGGAUCUGUCCCUGUCCUGUGAAUCUCUCAGGGACGACGAGGAUAUUAGCGACUGUAGCUCUGUUAGAUUAACAGAUGAGGAGGACGAGAAGCUGCAGAACAUAAAUCCACGAAGGCUGAAGUACGAGAAUACCUGCUGGUCUAACCUCAUGGACCUUCCGGGAUUUGAGACAAGUUUACUCCAGGAUGUCCAGAACGUGUUUGAAGAACCAAAGAAUGAACUUGAGGAGCCUGAGAGAGAAAAAAAGCUCAAGUCCUUGGAUAAACUCUUGAUUGAAAAAUACUUUGAUAAAGAAAAAUGGUGGGAAGGAGAAGUAAAUAUUCUUGCAGAAAAUGGGCUCCGGGCUCUUUGUGGACCCGAUUGUUGCUACAAAAGCCAAGAGAACAGACUGAUUGGAAACCAUAACAUUACCAGUAACUGUAACAAUUUCUACUUUGACUCUAAUGACAAGAAGAUGUUGAACAAACCAUUUGAUCACCAUUCAGAUAAAUCAAACUAUUAUCAGAUAUGUGAGAAAGAAGGAGACAAAAAAUCUGAAUUUUCAAAGCCUCAAAGCUCUGAUAUCCCAAAUCAAGAGGAGGAGACUAAUGGGUCAAUAAAACAAGAAGCAGAAAAAAUAUCAAUGCUUAGGAUAAAUUCAUUAGAGGAUCUUGAAAAUGUAAAGAAUCAAGCUCAAAACAUUCACAGACAUUCAAUAGAAGAACUUGAGCUUUUAAAACUGGAAAGCUCUGGCAAGGAGUUAAUCAGGGCAGAAGAAGUUUCUAAAAAACACUCUAUCAGCCCUAUUAAAGAGGAAAGAGAUUUCAAACCUUGCAGCCAUAGUUUUGAGGAUCAGAAAGAGCCCAUUGUUCAAACCCAAACGCAGGAGAAGGGAAAAGUGUCAGAAAAGUCAAAUUCUCAAAUAUCCUGCAAUGAUUUCGUCAGCUCUGCGCAGGAUUCAAAACAAGAAAUGUUGGACGGUAACAACCGCAUUUUAGACCACUUUGAAAAUGAUGAGAAUCAAUCUAGUGUAAUUGAGAGAGCAGACAAGUCUGAACUGUUAAAGCUGCAAAGCUCUGGGAGUGAGUUCAUCAUCUCAAAGCAAGAUUUAAAAGAAGCCAUAAACUGUCCAGUAAAGCAAGAGAACUCUGAGAAUAAAAGCAGCGUUUUAGACAAUCCUGAAAAUGUCCAAAAUCAAAGCCUUAGCCUGGAAGGCAAAGAAGAGAGGGAAAACGACAAAGAGGCAUCAGUAAAUCGGGGACCGUCUAACAGGAGCUACAUUUGGGAUUACAUUUCUAAAGUCAAGAACCAAACUCUUUAUCCGUUGACUAUCAGAGAGUCCGAACUGCUCAAGUGGCUGAGUUCUGGUAGACACCAUGUCGGCUCCAACCAAGAUGUAAAGUCACUUGAUGUGGAAACUGAAGAAGAAAAAAGCAAUGCUGCAGGAAGGACUGGUUGGGGCUAUGUCUGGGAAAAUGUUUUUAAAGUUAAGAAUCAAACUCUGCCCCCAUGGAUUAAUGGAGAGCUUGAAAUGCUAAAGCUUCUGAGUUCUAGCAGAGCUGAAAAAGGAUCAGAAAACUCUGAGUUAACGGAAGUAACCAGCAGGAGCAAUCUUUGGGAUUAUGUUUCCAAGAUUAAGAACCAAACUCUACACCCAUUGACUGAUGGAGACUUUGAACUGCGCAGUUGGCUGAGUUCUGGUAGAGACUAUAUCAGCUCCAAACAAAACAUAAUGUCAGUUAAUGAUAAAACAGACCAAGAAUUGGGUGAUGCUGCAGAUGGGGUUUCAGCUGGAAGAAGCUCUGUGUGGGACUAUGUCAAUAAAGUGAGAAACCAAACACUGUACCCAUGGAGAGCCCAGGAUUCUAAGCUGUCCAUAGAUCAGGCAUCCUAUUUACCCAACUCUGACGAUGAGUCUGUUAUGUCUGGGCUGAACUCAAAGUUGGUUGUGGGGGGAAUGGGACAAGAAACGGUUAAAUCUCCAGAAAGUGCAACCUCUAGCAUGAGCAAUCUUUGGGACUAUGUUGCAAAGGUUAAAACACAAACCCUUUAUCCAUGGAGGUCAGAUGAACCAGAGUGUCCACAGUCAAAUGUCGAGCAGGAUACAGUUGCCCUUGUUGAUAAUAUUGGACAAGGAAAAAAUGAGAAACCACAGGGCAUGACCAGUAGGAAAUAUCUCUGGGACUAUGUUACAAAGGUCAAGAACCAAACCCUCUGGAGAGCAGAGGAAGCUGAGCUGUUCAAGGACCAGUCGGCCAACUUCCACCGCUCAGAAAACGAUCCCAUCCAAGUUCUGGGUGAAAUGAACAAAAGCCAAGUUUUGGGCUACUUUACAGGAAAGCUUUCAGAUGUGUACAAAGAUGCUGAGAGACGAUUACAGGGCACACGAGACUUCAUUCGAAACGUAGGGGUCAGUGAUAUGAAGUAUGCGGUUUCUCAGUACGUGAACAUGUCUAAAGAUCUCCCACUGAUUCAACAAACAAAACUUCAACCCCAAUCAAACAUUGUUCCUGAAAAGAAAGUCAAAUUGGUGGAUCUGUCGAGUACAUGCCUCCAUAGUGGUUCUCAAGGAUUUGGCUUGAAUGCAGCCUCAUUAUGGCCCAAGGGGUCUGUGUCCUCAAUCAGAAACACUGGUACAGAGAAUUCCCGUCCAGAGGAGUUUUAUCAGGGUCUUGUUGAGUUUCCACCAGCUUUGACAGAACUUCGUGGUCUCUCAUCCCAGCAGAUCCUGGAAAAAAUUCAUUCUCUAUCCGCUGAAAGAUCAGUUAAAAAGAUUCUGAGCGUCUUUUGGCUCAGAGCUGCCAGCUAUGAGCAAUCCAGGCCAAAACCAGUUUCCCUACUUUUGUCAGAAGAGGGUCUGACUGUUAUUUCAGCUGAAAAAGACACCAUCGGUCUUUUCCAUCAUUUCGACUUUAUUGAAAUCAAGGAGGUUCAGAUCAGUUUGGGAGGACAGCAUGUCCGUCUGAUUGGGUCUAGUGAGGAUUCUGUUCUGGCUGUCUUCACUUACAACCAGGAGCUUACGCAGGACUUCUGCAAGGCUCUGCUGAAGGCAUCCUGUCCUCAGAAAAUCUCUGAGGUGACAGAAACCCACCCAUUGCUUUCAGAGGACCUGAUGGCUCUGUCUUUGGAUUGGACCUCCAGGGUUUCUGAUAUUGUCUUGGAGAGUGGUCUGAAAGUCACCUCAAGAUUCAAGCGGGUUCUUGCAGACCUUUUCUACAUCAUUCAUGGGAAUAUGGACGGUCCUGACAAACCCUCUCUGGCGAAUAUACAUCCUCUGCUCUACACCAGCGUCAGGGUGACAAGCUCAGGCUGGGGUCAACCGGACUCUCUGUUCCAGUUCCUUCUAACGGACUCUCAUAUUGGUCUUCUUCAGGAGGAUGGAGUCUUUCAUCCAGUGCCACGGGGAUCCAGCAAGGUUCCCGUUAAGCCCCAGUUCCAGGGACUAAAGCUGCGCAGGCGUUCAGACAUCAGGUGUCUGCUUGUCAGAAGGAAUGAAUCCUGCUUUGGUGUAGAUGUGGUCUUUACAAAUCACUGUAGUCAAAGUCUGAAACGGAGGGUGGAGUUUAGGCAUGGCUCAGCAGAUGUUCCGUUCUCCAGCAAGCCACGCGACUCUUGGAAAUUAACUUUUGGCUGCUCUUCAGAAGCUCAAAUGCUCAUAAACCAUUUGUGCAUCUAAAAGGGGACCUAACCACAGUUCAUCUGCAACAGUGACUCUGGGGAGUAUCAAGUGCUCCGUUAAUUUUAGGAUGUAAACCAUUUUCAAAGACAAAUUAACAUUAAAAUGAAUUUUAAGUGUUUUUUUAAACUUAUUUUAAACUUUUCUAUGACAUAUUGAAAUCAUAGGGACUAUAUUUAAAGGGGCUUUAAUGAGUGCAAUAAAAAUAAGCUGCUGCUGACCAAAGAAAGUUUGAAGUUUAUUCAUCAUAAUGACUUGUUUGUUACAAGGGGAGAUUAAUGGUGUCACUUAUUCAUUUCGUUACAAUGGGAAAUGCCAGUAAAUAUUGAAUUUUGCACGUUAUUUUUGUGUUGUUGAUUUCAAACUAAAUAAAGA